AUGUUUUUUAUAGUUCUUGGUUUAAUAGUUUAAGGCUUCUCCUAAACCAAAAUAGAAUUAGGUUAGACCUACAAUGAGUACUAUAUUUCAUAAUAAUUCAAUUAGUGCUAUCAUACCUUAACAAGGAGAUAAGAAUUACAAAUAUUAUGAAGUUCAUAUAACAGAACUGAGUUCAUUUCAAGAUCUAAUCAUAGUUGUGAAAUAACAAUCAAUGAUUGGAAAUCCAGAUAUAUUUAUUUCUUCCUAGAAUCCCUACCCUGAUAGAACAAAUUCUGAAAUCUAAUGUGAUUCAUAAGGAAUGGGUAAUAUAAUCAAUAAAUUGUUGUAGAUAUUUGCAUAAUAUAGUUUCCAAACAAACAGACUUAUUAUUUGGCUGUGUAUUGUGAGGACUAUUGUCGAUAUAAUUUAAAAGUAGUUUAUCAAGAUUAAUUCAUAAUGAGUAAUUGUAAGUAUCCUAAUCUGAAUUAUAGCCGAUGAUUUGGAGUUCAAGCUUAAUAGCACAAGUUGGAUUGAAAUAAUUACAAUCGACAUAGAAUAACUACCAAAAUAGGAGAUUAUAUAAGAUUACAAUUUAGAGGUUUCUAUAAAAGUGAAAAAUGUUGAAAUCCUGCAGGAAUCUUUCCAAACUUUUAUGAAUUUGGGAUUGGAAAGACCGACUCUCCAAUAGCAUCUAUAUAAGGGUUAGGAUUCAUUCUCUGGGAUUCAGAAGUUUAAAAUACGGAACAUAAUGGAAGAUUAAAUUUAUACACUUCUGGUCGAGGCUCAAUAAGGAGCAAUAAUAUAGAUAAAAACAAGAACAUAUGGAUCCACAAGGUUUAUUAAUGUAGGAGAAUCUAUUGAGGAUGUGAUCUCAGCCAAUUAAUAUGGAUUCUAUGUGCUCAACGUGACAACAGAGCAAGAAUUAUUCUAUUCAGGGGAAUUAAUAUUGAAUAUUUAAUUAAUAUCCUUUAAAGGAUACACUGAGAUGUAUGUGAAUCUUGAUGAGAACCCAGCAGAAUUAGAAAAUUAUCAAUGGAAAUUGCGAGAUGGAGUUUCAGAUGAUCUCAUUAUUACUAAUGAAGAUUUGAUACGAUUGAAUGCUAAAGGAUCUUAUGUUUAUAUUGCAAUAUUUGCAAAAGAAUCCAUCGCUACAUUUGAAUUGAAAACAUAAAUGUUGAAUCCAGAUUUAAUGGUUAUGGAAUUGAAUAAGCCAGCCAUAAGGAAGAUGAGUAAAUCGGAAUAACAUCAAUAUAAAUUCUUUAUCAAAAGCAAUAAAUAACAAAGUGUUAGUGUAAGCUUAAGAAAUAUAAGAGGAGAUGCUGAUAUCAUUUUAAAAUUAUGCAAUGAAUUUUGGACCUGUAAGUUUAGCGAAGAUGAAUAGAGUCUCAUUAGAUCUUAGGAUUUCAAAAAUCAUAAUAAACCAUACUUCUUCUCUUUAAAGUAAGACACAAUCUUAUUAUAAUAGUCCUGGGAAUGACAUAGUUCUUUUUGAUUAUCUACCAGCUAAUUGUAAAGAGUAUCAAAAUUUUCACAUCUGUUUCUACGCGAUCUUAAUUAUUCCAGGAGAGGAGAACCUUGAAGAGGAGUUAACCUAUUCUGUUUUAAUAACCACUAAACAAGAUAACAUUCUAUUAUUAGAAAACACUCCUAUUAAAUAGUUUGUACUCCAUGAAUUCUACAACUAUUACAAGUUUAUAGUAAAUGAUGGCGAUCUUAUUUAAAGAUUAUUCAUUUAAUUAACACCCAUUUAGGGUUAUCCUAGGAUAUUUUCAUCUUAAACUCAAAUGUAUCCAACAAAAGAACAGAAUGACAACCAAGGCGUUUAGAAUCUCAUCACUUAUGGAACCAAAAGUAAUGGGGCACCAAUUGAUGGAACAAUAUACAUUGGGGUCUAUGGGGAGACAGCUAGUUAAUAUAUUAUCACUGCAAUCGUGUUCAGAGAAUAAGAUGACUGGGCAACCAUUGGUAAAUAUGCCCAUCAAUAUAUAUAAUUACUUGAGGGCUACCCUUAAGAAAUUACUACAUAAUAUUCAACUGAUGUUCAACUUUUUAAAAUCGAUCUGAGUGGAUAUAGUGAUCAAAAUGCCUUAUAUCAUAAUCAGGUAAAGGUGAAAUUGAGGAUUGAUUCUGGUGAAUUUGAAAUUUAUGGAUUUGAUCAUCCAGAAACUGAUCUCGAUAAAGCUAUUCUAAAAGGAUCAAACUCUUUAAUACUCACAGAUGAAAUCGAGAAAUAUCCAUAAUAUUUAUAUGUGAGAGUGUAAACUAAUUCAACCUCAAGUUAUCCUAUAUACUCAUAUACUAUUCAUUACAGAGUGAGUUCCUAGCCCAUUUAAUUGGUCAUUGGAGAUAGCUAUUAGGGCUUCAUUGAAAAGUCUGAAAAAUAGAUAUUCUUUGUAAACUUUUAUAAAAAGCAAGACUUAGAGAUUAAUCUCCAUGCCGAAUUCUUUGAUCAAUCUAUAAUUUGGGCUACUGUUUAUCUUAAUAAUGAUAUUAUUGAAAUGAAAUAGCAAGGUCUAGUGCUUAAUGCUGAAUAAAUCAAAUUCGAUAAUUGCAUAAAAACUGAAGAAAUCGUUUAAUGUGUAAUUGCUAUCCAUGUGGAAUCUAAAUAAGACACAUCCUUUACCUUAUUGGUCACAAAAGAAUUCUAAAUCAUCAAAUUAUUUAACGAUGAGGCAAUUACGAAAGUAAUCAAAAGAGACUUGAAUUAUUUCACAUUUCUAUUAACUGAGGAAACAUCAAUAGCUAUUCAUUCUCCUAUGACCAAUAUCAGAAUUUUGGUUAGCAUCAUAUUGUUAGAUCCACCAACUAUAGAAUAGUUCCCUACUAAUAAUGAUAAUUCCUAGUUUUAGUCUUUAAACGAUAACAUAGAAAUUGAAAGCUCUGUGUUUAUAACAUAAUAGGACGUGCAAAGGGCUAAUUGUGAUAAAACUCCUUGUUAUGCAGCUGUAACUUGUAUGAAUUUAAAUUCAGCAAAUAAUCAUUCUGCUGUAUACACUAUCAUCCGUUCUUCUGGAGUUUUUAAAUUAGUUGAAGGAUUUGUUUAUACUGGCCUAUUUAAAAGAAAUUAAAUGAAGUAUUUUAAAGUUACUAACUUUAAUGAAGCAGUUGGAUUAUAAAUUGUUGUUUAAUCAUAAAAUAAGGAGCACGUUUCAGUAUUUGCAAGUAUCAAUUAAAUGCCUACUUAAUUUUCUUAUGAUUUUACCUCAUUCAUUAAUAUUGGUGACUUUGUAAUAAUCCCUCCGAAAUAGAAUUCGAAUGAAAUUGUCACUUGCUAGUAUAUAAUAUCAAUAUUAUUAUAGUAUUGCUAUUUAAUCUCCUUAUUAAUCAAUUAUCUCGGUUUAGGUAAGAACAGGCACUGCUCGUUUUUAUCACAUCCCAAUCUCAAAACAAUUUGCUCAUGUUUUCCCUUGGAAUUCAAAAACAUAUUUAUCAUUUUAUAAAACCUAUAAAGAGGAUUUUACUAUUCUAAUCGGUUCCAGUGUUGUCAAUAACUACAUUAAGCCCAAGAUUCAUAUAUGCUCCUAUCAAAUGAAUGAAUUGCUAAAUGUUAUGACUUCAAUACCAACAGAGUACUUUUAAUUAUAUUUAGAUAUCAUUGGAAAAUGGAUGAUUAUUAUUUGGAAAUUACAAGCGAUUAAGAACAUUAUUGUACCCAUUGCUAUUAUCUGAUUUAUGUGGAAAAUAACUACUAAGACGUCUUAUUAACAAUUACAAUAGCCAGAAAAGAUUUACCAAUUUAUUUAACUGACAAUAUGGAGAUAAAACGAAAGCUUAAGACUGAUGAGUCUUAACAUUAUGUCUAUACUCAAAGGCCUAAUAGCGAAAUCUAUUUGAAAGUCACUGUUUUUCAUGGAAAAAUUUAUGUUUUCAAUAGAAUAAGAGAGGAAGAUCAGAAUUCUAAUAAUUUUCUUCUUGUCCUUGAUGAAAAGGAUGGAUUAUUUGAUCAUUAAUAAAAUUAAAUAGGAAGUCUUGAAGGUAUUCAUGCCAAUCGAACGAUGCUCCUAAAUUCAUAGAUAAAUUCUUAUCGAACAGCUGUUUAUUUAAAAGUGUUUUCCAAUUUCACAAAUGACACUGUUUAUUAAAUUGAAAUCAUAGAUAAAAAUCAGGCUGCACAAUUGAAAGUAGGGUAACCAUAAAAAUUCUAAAGUUCCCAGUCAUCUUUUUAGACAUUUUACUUUGUUAUCCCUAAUGGAGUCAAUAAUUCGAGUGAUGAUUAUUAUUCAAUAACACUUGAAAAAUUGAAGUUUUUAUAAUUUAAUAGCCAGGUCUUUGAAUUCACUUUAAGAUAUGAUAGAGAUAAUAAUCCUAAUAAAUUAUCAGAUCAUCAUGAUUUAGUUGAUGCUUAAAUCUCUUUCAUACAAGAAAUAGACGACAUCGCUUAUAUCUAAAUACCUAGUAUAGCAGGCACCUAUUUUCUCACUGUUAGUUCUGCCCAGACUGGUACAUUUAUCUUUUACGUUACCUUGGGGAAUAAAGACUAUAAUACUUUAACACCAAAAACUUAGAGAAUAGUGAGAACCAAAGUUGGAGAAUAAAAAGUCUGGGAAAUUCACAUACAUUAAAUCUCCUAAAUAUUUGUCUAAAUCUAAUUGUGUGGAGGGAUUGUUCAUGCAUAUGGUAGCCCUUCAAGAGAUGAUCUUACUAUGGGUCUUUACAGGGACAAAAUUGAAUCAGUACACAAUAAGUAAUUAUCUGGCAAAAUCCCAGCUGUUUAACCCAAGAUUUAUUACUUAAAUACUCAAACUAUUAAAAAUACCACCCAAACAGAUUUUGUUUCUUACAUAAUAUAAAUUGACCUUCUAUAAUUAGAUACAAUUGUACCUGUAGAUCAUUUCUAUCCAGGCAAUGGUGGAGAGUUCAAAUUAUCGAUAGUUGAAGAUCAUCUGCAUUUUGAUUUCUCACCAAUUUAAUCUUCUGAAAAAUCCAGUUAAGAUUACAUUUUAGAAAGCAUCAAAUAUUCGUUCAUCCAUCAAAAAUAGAAUUUAAAUGAUAAUUCACAAUUGUAUAAAUGUAAUUUGAAUGCAUAAUACAAUUCAUUUAUUGUUAAAAGAAUUUAACAUGACCCUUCAAGCAUCCUAACUCAACGAGUUUAUAUUGGAGAAGAUGAAUAUCAAAAAAUAUCAGCUUCAAUACAAGCCAUAGGUACUUUCAAUAUAUGUAUUCUUUUAGUAACUAUCAAAACGAAUCAUUACGAAACAGUGCAACUAUCAUACUUUUAUUCCACUUAAAUUAUAGAGCAAAACAUCAUUACCCAUAAUAUUUAUGAUGAAAAUAGAAGAGGAAUUUUUAUUAUAAUCCUUUCAUUGUUAUUGUUAGCAUUGUUCUUGUUGAUCAUUAAAUAUCGAGAUCUCAGAUUAAUGUAAAAUAUAUCAUUUAAAUUUCUUAGCGCUAAAUAUGAAGCUUAAACAUAGUAGCCUAUUCCUUAAUAGGAAUAAUCAAUUGAAAUGAAUUAUACAAAUUUCAGAUCAGGUUGA